AUGGCUAGUUUUCAAUCAAUAAUGAAGAAGUACCCAAGUCUCUUAGUAAUACUCCUCAAUUUUCAAACAUUAUUAGCAUUAUAUGAGGACCAAGUAGGAAAGUUUGACUGGAAGAGGUCAUUUAUUGGGAAAGUAAAGUAUGCCCACUUUGACGCCAGUAGAAUCAUUGUCGGUACAGAAGAAAACAUUAUAGCAAGUUUGAACAUGAAAAAUGGAAAUAUUCUAUGGAGGCAGCUGAUGGAGAACCCAAAGGAACAGCAGCUGAUGCUGUUACAUUCAGACAGAGAUCUUCUAAGUGUCUCAGGAACCAUGAACAACUGGUUUGUACGAACCUGGGAUCAUCAAACAGGGACAUUGCUAUCAGAAUGGACGAUAUUUUCUGAUAAGAAUAUACCUUCUGUGUUUACUGUGGAAAAGGGAACACUUCUUCAUAUUUUUCCAACUCAAAAUUCUCAUUUAGAUGUAGUAACAUAUAAUUUAGAUGGGAAUAAUCAAAAGAACACCAUCAAAAUACCUGCUCCUUGGAUCACAGAUAUUUCUAAUUGUGUGCUAUCCAAAAGUUACUAUAUAUGUAUAUCAAAAAAUGAUAUAUCUGGACAAUUGUACUAUGUAAACAUCCUUUCAGAAAAACCUAAGGUUUAUAUCAAAACUCUGCAUAGUGUUUUAGGUGAUACACCAGACUUGAUAGAAAUAUUACCAUUUGAAGACAUUUUUCCAGCAUUCCUUCUCUCUUCAAAUGGCCAAGCCAAAGUAAUACAUGUUGAUGAAGAUGUAGUUAAUACUAAGAUUUUCAAAGUGAUGCCAAAUGCUGUUUCAAAUCAUAAUGGUGAGAAACCAUUUAUAUAUCAGUUAGAACCAGCUUCAAAUCCUGAUAAACUAGUUCAAAUUCGUGUGAAAGAUUAUGCUACUUGUCAAGAUGAGAUGGCUACAGAGUUAGAGUAUCCUGUAGGAUUAGGGGCCCCUAUAAUUAUUGCUACUGCCACAAAAAAUACUUUAACAGAUGUACUACUCAGUACAACAGACAAUGCUUUUAUGUUGGUUAGAUUAUCUGAUGGAAAAAUUAUGUGGACCAGAGAGGAAGCUUUGAGUAAUAUCAUCGCUGUUGAGUUCUUUGAGUUACCAGUCUCAGAAUUGGAUGCAUCAAUAGAAAAUGAAUUUAAAGCAUCUUCAAAUAGUAUAUUAAGUAUGCUAUCUCAUAGAUUGAAUACACAGGCAAAACAGCUAUCAACAUUGAUUUUUGGAGAACAUCCAAUGUCAUCAAGUGGACUUGUCAGGGAUGCCUUCGGUUUGCAUAAGCUGAUUGUAGUUGCAACUAGUGUUGGAAAGUUAUUUGCUAUUGACACAUUGUCUGGCUCAAUUGUUUGGAGCUAUAGACUACCAAAUGUUAAGCCAUUUAGUAUUUUGGGUGAGGAUAAAAUAUUGCUAUUUGCCCAAAGAACAGCAAGAUAUGCUCCAUUGCCUGCACAAUGUAUCCUUAUAGCAAAUGAUAAAUACUCGGGUAAUGGAGUAAUAUUCCAGUUUGAUCCUAUUACUGGUUACUCACAAAAAGGUAUAGAAAAACUUAAUUAUCAAAUUGCACAAGCUAUACAUUUACCUUAUGAAGACGAUCAACAUUUAAAACCAGUUUUAAUGAUAUCUUCAACAAAUGAAGUUUACUUAUAUCCGAGUUGUGCAAUGGGUGAGGUAUACAAAUAUACUUCUAAAUUAUACACUUAUUUAGUUGAUAAUACAGGAUCAUUCAAAGGAUAUAGUUUCAUUCAUAGUACUAAAGAUAAACUCAAAAUGACUCCCUCUUGGGAACUACAACUACAACCUGCAAAGUUGGUAGCAGUUAAAACUAAACAUCCAAAUGAAAGGGUACAUUCUCAAGGUAGAGUGUUACCAGAUAGAUCCGUUUAUUAUAAAUAUGUAAACCCAAACCUCAUAGCAGUGGCAACGGUUAGUGAUGAUCCAGUUCAUAAACAUGUUUUAAGUGUCUACCUGAUAGAUGGGGUGACUGGUCUCAUUUUAUAUGCCACCUCACAUAAGAGAUCGAGGGGUCCCAUACAUCUAGUGCACUCAGAAAACUGGAUUGUAUACUCUUAUUUCAAUGAGAGAUUCAGAAGAACUGAAUUUGCUGCAGCUGAAUUAUAUGAAGGCCAUGUUCAAAGCAACAGUUCAGUAUUCAGCUCAUUUGCAGUAAGUCUAUUACCUCAUGUUCAGACACAAUCAUAUAUUUUGCCAGCAACACCCCUAAGUGUAACUGUUACAUUGACAGAAAGGGGAAUAACAAAUAAAUUUCUAUUGGCAGGGCUUAGUGGUGGGGGUGUCAUUGAAAUUCCUUGGUUGCUACUUCAGCCUAGAUUGAAUGACAUACCUUGUAGCCCAGAAGAGAGUUGCAUCCCUUAUAUGCCAGAAAUUCCACUGCCUUCUGAAGCUGUGAUCAACUAUAACCAAACAAUUGGUAGAAUAGACGGUAUCGAAGUAGCACCUGCACGUUUGGAAAGUACAAGUCACAUACUUGUUCAUGGUAUUGACUUAUUUUAUACAAAAGUUGCCCCAUCAAAGACGUUUGACAUGCUUAAAGAAGACUUUGAUCAUAUGAUGAUUAUAUUGGUAUUGACAGGACUUGUAAUAUCAUCAUACCUUACAAAAUAUCUUGCUUCAAAGAAAGCUUUGAAGCAAAUGUGGAAAUAA